AAUGCCCUUUCUUCAACUCCGAAACCGAACCGCCGUCAUAAUGGACGGGAAACAAAACUUCAAGUCUUUGCAAGUCUUCCGAAGAAUCUCCAUCUUUCUCUCUCGCCUGAUCGCGUUCCCUUCUCGCAAUCGCCAAUCGCAUCGUUUCCCCGGACAGGAUUUCUCAGGCGGCAUUGAGCAUCGCCCAAUCUCGGCUGUACUCGUGCCAUGAUUCGGCGAUCAGUUCGAUGAGGCGACCCUCAGAUGACGACGAUGCUGAUGCACCGUAAAUGCCCGUCUUCCUGCUAGGAAAAUCUGUGCUCCAGUUUGGUUACCGCGCGCAUCGGCUUUAGUCGUUGGCUAGGGCCGUCGAUCUUGUGUUGCUGGAUUUCUGGAUGGAUGCGAGCCCAGUUUAGUACGGAGGAGGUGGAUUGUUACGCUGCUUUGGCAAGUGCUAAGCUAGAGUUGUACUUCGCGAAGCAGUAGCAAGGAUUAUUGCGGCCUUGACUUGCUAGUAUUUGCCCCUGAGCAUUGGGUCCGUGUUUCUCGGGGGGCCUGAUAAAACUGAAAGUGGAAAACCUUCGUCUGCGUUCACCUUUUGAUGCCUACAUCAUUGGCAAACUAAAUCAGAAGGAGUAAAAUCACUAUACUUCAGGUGCAACAUCAGAUAGUGUUAUGUUGUCUGUUUCAGAAGGUUUCUGGCUGUGUUGCAGCCUCGUUUGUCCUUGUUGUAGUUCAAAGAGCAAAGACACUAGUGAGGAUCCUGUUCUAAGUGGUGAUUCAACUUUGUUGAACUCUUUGGAGGUCGGAUCAAAUUCAGGAAGGACGCCAGGAACUCCAUAUAGAGUACCUCCAAGUCCAUCUCGAUUUUCAUUGUCUCCACAACCAAAUAAACUUGAACCUUUAAAUCUCAGCCUCAACGAGAUCAUCAAACUUACACGAAAUUUCUCAUCCACACAAGUAAUUGGCAAAGGUGAUUUUGCAACAGUCUAUAAGGCUGAGCUACAUGGUGGACAGCUUAUUGCUAUAAAGCGAGCAAAGAAGGAACACAUUGCUACUAUCCAUGCGGAAUUCAAAAAUGAAGUUGAACUCCUCGCUAGAAUUGAACAUAGAAAUUUGGUCAGAUUACUUGGUUAUACUGAUAAAGGAAAUGAGUUUAUUAUAAUUACUGAGUAUGUGCCAAAUGGCACCCUGCGGGAGCAUUUAGAUGGUAAGUACGGGAAGAUUUUGGAUUUCAGUCAACGGUUAGAAAUAGCCAUUGAUGUUGCUCAUGGAUUAACAUAUCUCCAUCACUAUGCAGAGAAGAGUAUCAUUCACCGUGAUGUGAAGUCAUCAAACAUUUUACUCACUGAAGGCUUUAGAGCCAAGGUCGCUGACUUUGGCUUCGCUCGAACUGGACCCAUGGAAGCUGAUCAGACUCACAUUCAGACCAAGGUAAAAGGGACAGUUGGUUAUGUUGAUCCAGAAUAUCUGAAAACAUGUAAACUUACAGUGAGGAGUGAUGUUUUCUCCUUCGGAAUUUUGCUGCUGGAAAUUCUUUCGGCCCGCGGCCCAGUAGAUAUAAAGAGAUCUGAUGAAAGGAUUACUGUGAGAUGGGCCUUCAACAAAUAUAAGGAAGGCAACGAGAGGCAAAUACUGGAUCCUCAGAUGCAUGAAGUGGUGGCAGAUCUGGUAGUAAAGAAGAUACUUGCUUUGGCUUUUAAGUGUGCUGCUCCUACACGCAAAGAUCGACCGGCCAUGCGAGAAGUUGUCGAACAGCUUUGGGGGAUAAGGAAAGACUACACUAGUGGGAGUUCAUGAAGUUAUUAUCAUAUUGUGCAGAAGUGUGGCCACAACAAUUGAAUGACUUAUUCAGUGCGAAUUAACCCUUUGUUGUACUACAAACCUUCAACAUCUUUUCAAUUUUGCAGUCGAGCAUUGCCUUUUGAACAGUUCUUAGUGUAUGUUAAAAAGCAAGGUGUGCAAUAUUGUGGAUUGGUGAUGAAGCAUACUUUUGCAUACAAGAGGAUUAGAGGAA